AUGGCGGAAGAGAGUGGCGAAGAGUACCUGUUUAAGAUAGUGGUGAUCGGCGAUUCCGCCGUGGGGAAAUCGAAUUUGCUGUCGCGGUUUGCGCGGGAUGAGUUCGACCACAACUCGAAGGCGACGAUCGGGGUGGAAUUCCAGACGCAGGUGCUGGAGGUCGACGGCAAGGAGGUGAAGGCGCAGGUGUGGGACACCGCUGGCCAGGAGCGGUUCCGCGCCGUCACCUCCGCCUAUUACCGCGGCGCCGUCGGAGCUCUCGUCGUCUAUGAUAUUACUCGGAGGACUACCUUCGACAGCGUCAGGCGUUGGCUCGAUGAGCUCAACACUCACUGUGAUACUGCAGUCGCGCGGAUGCUUGUGGGGAACAAGCGCGACUUAGAGAACAUUAGAGAGGUGAGCGUGGAGGAGGGCACGACGUUGGCUGAAGAAGAAGGAAUGUUCUUCAUCGAGACAUCUGCGUUGGAUUCGACGAAUGUGAGCAAGGCGUUUGAGAUUGUUAUCCGUGACAUCUACGAGAAAGUGAGCCGGAAAAUCCUCAGCUCCGACUCGUAUAAAGCAGAGUUAUCCGUCAAUCGUGUUAGCCUCGAUUUAUCAAAGCAAAAAAGCUAUCUUUCAUGUUGUUCAAGGUAAGUUGCUAGUGUGGGAAAUGCCUCUUGUUUAUUCCCUAUUUGUUGUUGGCUUAUUAUAUGAAAGGGAGAAAUUGUAUACUACUUACAUAUAUACACUGUUUUCGGUCGUGUUAAUCCACAAAACCACCCAAAAAAUACUCUUUUGAUCUCAAAAAAGAAAAGAAAA